AUGGUGAAAAUGGAUGACAAGAAAUCACCAGAGGAGAAGAAAGAAGAGCAGUGCUGCAGGUUUCAUGAAAAAUGGGCAUGGCGGCUGCUAGUGCUACUGAUUACUGUUCUAGUCAUCGCCGCAUCUUCUUUCACUCUCCGGCGAUAUUUUCACCGGAGAAACUCCAAGCCUUCCGUCGCCAUUGUUGCCGAAUAUGCAAGCGCCCUCGGCGUCGCUAUGCAGUUCUUUGACGUUCAAAAAUCUGGUGAGUUGGUGGAUAAUGAGAUUGGAUGGAGAGGAAAUUCGGGUUUGGAUGAUGGAAGGGAAGAAAACUUGGAUCUGUCAAAGGGGAUGUAUGAUGCUGGGGAUAGCAUCAAGUUUGGGUUUCCAAUGGCGUUCACGGCCACCAUUUUAUCUUGGGCGGUUUUGGAGUAUAGAGAGCAUAUGAAGAUGGCGAAGGAGCUAAAUCAUGCUAUAGAUUCCUUAAAGUGGAUCACUGAUUUUCUCAUCAAUGCACAUCCCUCUCCCAAUGUGCUCUUUGUUCAGGUUGGAAACGCGGUCAUGGAUCACAAAUGCUGGGAAAGGCCGGAAGCCACGCCACAGAAUCGGCCUCUGACGCAGAUCAACAUGUCGUACCCGGGCACCGAAGUGGCAGCCGAAACAGCAGCAGCCAUGGCAGCAGCUUCAUUAGUAUUCAGGGAAACAUACGCUGAAUACUCCUCCUUGCUCCUCAAACAUGCCAAAGAGCUAUUCGUGUUCGCCGACACGUAUAGAGGCUCUUACAGUGUAAGCAUUCCUCAGGUGCAGGAGUUUUACAACUCAACAGGCUAUGGAGAUGAACUCUUGUGGGCAGCUGCCUGGCUCUACCAUGCCACUGCUGACCAGUCUUUCCUCACAUAUUUGACCAUUUAUGGCACCGAUUUUGCCAAUUGGGGAAGCCCAUCAUGGUUUUCUUGGGAUAAUAAGUUGCCCGGAACUCAGGUUCUUCUGUCAAGAGUGAAUCUUUUGGGUUCAAAACCUCAAGAUCUUCCCCUUGAUAUAAACCUCUCCCUGCAGAAGUACAGACAAACAGCUGAGGCUGUUAUCUGCAACCUUCUGCCCGAAUCCCCAACCGCUACUCCGGACAGAACUGACGAGGGGGGGCUGAUAUGGUUUAUACAGUGGAAUCCAAUACAGUACGCCGUGGCCUCGGCGUUUCUAGCGGUUGUUUACAGCGACUACAUGGUCGGCUCCGGGACGCCGGAGAUAUAUUGCAGCGGCGAGUUAUUCCAGCCGAUGGAUAUCCGAAACUUUGCAAUUUCACAAGUUGAUUAUGUGCUGGGGAAAAAUCCGAUGAAGAUGAGCUACCUGGUCGGAUAUGGGGACAAGUACCCGCGGUAUGUGCACCACAGGGGGGCCUCUAUUCCGGCCAAUGCAAACCCCGGCUGCUCCGACGGCUUUAAAUGGCUGAACUCCACCGCGCCGAACCCGAACGUGGCGGUCGGAGCACUCGUCGGCGGGCCGUUCCGGAAUGACACGUUCCUGGACUCACGGAAUGAUACCAUGCAAAGUGAACCCACGACGUACAAUAGUGCUCUUGUGGUUGGCCUUCUUUCUGGGUUGCUCGGAUCUUCCACCGUUGUUGAGUCAUUCCGAUGA